UAAUCUUCUCACUGCGUGGACUUCACGUUUCCUGCUUUGGUCGAUCGCCGGCGGAUUGCACUUCGGAGAAGUCGCCGAAGAGAGCCUCUGAGCUAGGUUUCUUGUUUGUUCUUCGUGUGUGCUCUCUUUGAAUUGAAUUGAAUUCUAACAUUAUGGAAUGCUUUGCGAAGCUGUAAGUUGCUAUUGAUUGUAGUUUUCUUCAGGUUUUGUCGCCGCGGGAAGUUAUAGGGUUCUUUUGGAAAGAGAGUAAGAUUCGGUGGUCGGCGGAUGAGAUAUCAAUUGUGGCAAAGGAAAAUAAUAUACGAAUCGCAAGCUCUUUCUUCGCACGGUGAAUCUUCCAUUGGAUUUAGUGGAUAAUGGAUAAUGAAGAGAAGUCUGUAUACCAUGAGCGACAAAAAUUACAGUUUUGCUUGUUGCACACUCUCAACAAUCUGUUCCAGGAGAAUGAAGCAUUCACCCGGGCAAAUUUGAAUGCCAUUGCUGGAAAACUAGACCUCGAGGACCCAAACAAGACAGCAUGGACUCCCUUGUCAGUGGUCUUUAAGCCACAUCAUAAUACUCUUACAGGGAACUAUGAUAUAAAUGUUCUAAUCUCUGCCCUUGAAGAAAGAGGUAAAAGGGUAGUAUGGCAUGAUCGUCGUUGUAGAGCAUCUUCAAUUGAUCUUGAUGGACCGGAGGACAAGUUGUUUGGCAUUGUACUCAAUGUUCAGGUCAGAAGGUAUGCUGGCCUUUGGAAAAGUAGGCAUUGGAUUGCAUUAAGAAGAGUAGAAGGAAUUUGGUAUAAUUUGGAUAGUGAUUUAUCUCAUCCCCAUCCCUUUAAAAAUACCGAUGAAGUUAGAGAAUUCUUGGAUGUUGUGAUGUCAGCUGGUGGAGAGAUUUUGCUUGUGAUGAAUGGGGAGGAAUGAAACUUUGAGAAGAUAGAUCGAAACACGAGAGAGUUUUCACUGGGAUUUUGGGGCAUUCAGCAGCUGAGUCGGUUGACCUACUGGCUGUAAAACGAUAGGACCUAUAUGGUGUUAGAGGCCACAGUGAGUAGUAUAUAGGGUUUAGGGUUUAGGGUUUAGAGGCCACAGCAACUGUUUACCCUUUUGUUAAUUGGAAGUAUUGAUGAUCUUAUUUUGUCUUAAUUUUAAUUAUCUUUGAAGCAGCUUGCUUGUUGA